CUUUCCCACGUUGUCACGCAGUGGAGAAGCGCAGUGGAAGUGAAGUGUUUAACCGUCACGUCCCCUUACCGACCGGGGCGGGCUCUCGGUUACACCGAACCCAGCGCAGUGGAAUUGAAGCUGUUCCGUGUUGUUUUCCUUUGGGAUGGCGUUCAUGGAGCAACAGACGCCGCCGCUGUCCGGCAGGAAGCCGCCGCUGGACGACACCGUUCCGCUGAUCGCCGUGAUCGAGACCACGCAGAGUUUACAGUCGCACACGGAAUACAUCAUUCGUGUACAAAGGGGGGUUUCCACAGAUAACAGUUGGACGGUCAUCAGAAGAUACAGUGACUUUGAUAUGCUGAAUAACAGUUUACUGAUCUGUGGUCUGAACCUGCCACUUCCUCCUAAGAAGCUGAUAGGAAACAUGGACCGAGAGUUUAUAGCCGAACGUCAGAAAGGUCUUCAGGCUUAUCUGAACUACAUCACACGUCAUCACGUCCUGUCCAGCUGUGAGAUGGUCAAGAAGUUUCUCGACCCCAAUUACUCGGCAAACUACACAGAAAUAGCUUUACAACAGGUGUCAAUGUUCUUUAGAUCCGACCCAAAAUGGGAGGUUGUCGAGCCUUUAAAAGACAUCGGCUGGAGGUUACGAAAGAGGUACUUCUUAGUCAAAGACAAAGAUCAGCCCAAAGACAAACAAGUUUUAAGUUGGGUUGAUUUGGGUCCAGAUAAAUUCUUAUCGGACAAAGAUCUCCAGUCGGCAAUGAAGCUACUUUCUAGUUUGUCUCAUCCAAACAUCUCUACCAUCAGUUUCGCCACCGCAAGCGAAUCGUCUGCACUGAUAAUUCGGGUUUUCAACGAGAAAGGAACUCUUAGGGAUCACAUCUGCCAGGUAAAGCCAAAAGAACCCUUUCUGAAGAAGUACUGCAAUCCCAAAAAGAUUCAGGGUUUGGAGCUGCAACAAAUCCGAACAUAUGGGAGACAGAUUCUGGAGGCACUGAAAUUUCUUCAUGAUAAGGGUUUCCCAUACGGACAUCUACAUGCAUCUAAUGUUCUAAUAGAAGAUAACACAUGCAAACUCUUGGAUAUAGAGAAUUCAUUACUGGGACUGCCGUCAUAUUAUAGACCAUAUUUCACACAAUUCAGGAAAAUUAAUACAACAGAAAGCAUUGAUGUUUAUUCGUUCGGACACUUGCUUUAUGAAAUGACGUAUGGACGCCCACCAGACGCUGUUCCCGUGGAUCAGUAUCCUCCCGCUCCGUUCUCCUCUGUAGUCUCUGUACUUCAAUCCAUCUUGUCCACGGAAGCUUGCAAAACUGGAAUGCCAACCGUUUCCCAACUACUACAAACCCAGUUGUUCAACGACGUGCUGCUGUUUAACGUGGAGAAACCUCAGUUUAAGAUCAGUUCAAAAUUAAAGGAGGCCCUGAAAUCAUCUAAAGAGUGCUUAGAGAAACGUCUUGUGGAGGAACAGAGGACGAUCCACCAGCACAAGAGGUUGUCGCGAGCGCAGUCACACCACGGAUCUGAGGAAGAGAAGAGGAAAAGAAAGAUAUUGGCCAGAAAGAAAUCCAGGCAGUCGACUUACGAAAAUGAAGAGGAUCUCUCUGUGAAAUACAAUAAUAACUCUGCAGGUUCUGGGGCAAGCUCUCCUCCCACCUGCCCGUCCUCACCCACCCCACAACCUGGAUCAGGAGCACCUCCAGCACCUCCUCUUCCUCCUCCUGCUGCUCCACCUGCUCCACCACCUCCACCUCCAGGGUUCGACUCCAGCCCGCCAUCCCUCACACCCCCCAGUGCCAACGGCGUGGGCCGGGGUGCCCUUCUCAGCUCCAUUCAGUCCUUCAGCAAAGGCAAACUUAAAAAAGCAAAAACCGUCGAUCGGAGCAGUGCACGUUUGUGAAGAAAAGUCGAGAUUGAAACUGAGUUCGUUCUUGUGUUAGUCCACUUUUGUGGCUUUUAGCAGCAUCCGUCUACAGUGAAGAAUGAUUGUGUUUAUAUUUAAACGUCUUUUAUGUUUGUCAGCUUGUUUGUUUAUUUGUUUUAUUCACUUUUUCAUAGACGUUAACAGUCAGCGCUUUUGUUAUGCUGCUCAUUGUAACCUAAACAGUUCUGCUUGGACCAGCUGUUGUAUAAAAAUUAGUGACUUUUAAAGACAGACACAAGAUGGAGAACGAGGCCGGCACAUUUAUUUAAGAUAAAGGAAAACUGGAUUUUAUUGUUGUUGGUACAUAAAACUUGCUGCAGAGUUAUAUUUUUAAUGCUUUCAUGCUGAAUUGAAUCUUGACAUUUUAAUUCAACGACUUGCAAUAUUAUGCCUUUUGGUUACCUAUUGUUGGUUCAUUUUGAAGGGUUUGGGGUGAGGAUUUUUAGCGUUUGCCACAUUUACCAUUGUGCCUAAAAGCUGAGAGCGUUCUUUGUUCUCUUUGUAAUUCUGAGAUACAUUGUUCGUAUUUUCUCUUUUGGAAAAAAGUAAAAUUUUUAUUCUUGUUCUGCAAGAUCACAAUCAAUACGUUGCACAAGUAAUAACAUUAAGAAGAAAUGCAUUUAUUUUUAAGCCCCUUGCAUGAUGUGAUGCGCUGUAUGAGACGACAAAAAUAGUGACUUUUGCCAUUGUGAUGUCAAUUGUGCAACCCAAUCCUAUUGGUCGUUAUAAUUUUAAGUCACCUGUUAAAAGUAAGGAGCCUCCUAAAUUCAUCAGAUCCUGUUUCUGAUUUAGAAUAAUGUACAGUGAUGCACAGUAGAUCACCUUUAACGUCAUCUUUUGCUCUUGUAACAGUAAUCCCAUUUGUAUAUAGAUUCAUGAAAACAUGAUGGUUAAAUACAGUUAGUCUUUGCUUUGUUAUUAUCGUGGGGGGAUAUUGAAUAAUGUUUUCAUUUUCGCUGCAGCACUUUACCGCUGAAUAUUUAGCAGUGGUCCUGAAAAGAAGAAAUAAAGUUUACAGAGUUUAUGUCAGUAGGGGGACAAUGUCAGUUUUUGAAUACGUUUAAUAAUGAAGAUAUCUGCCCUCUGUACUGUUGCCACAACUAAUGUUAAAAGCACUGGAGGUGAACAUCCUCAAAAUGCUUAGAAGAAUUUCCCUGCCUAAAAUGUGUAUUGGCAAUAUUUUAAAAGAAUUAUAUUGUUGUGUUUUAGUUGUGAACAUUGAAGUAAAGACGAACACAAUGGAA